AGGAGCAGCAGGAGUUGCAGGAGGAGCAGGAGCAGCAGGAGGAGCAGGGAUGGAGCGUGCUCACAGCCUCCUGCUGAAUGAGGAGGCGUACAGUCAGCUGGCCGAGCAUCAGAAGGCCGAGUUCAUCUUCCAGUGGUUGAACCACCUGAAGAAGCUGCUCACUGCCUCUGAUAGGGCUGAGAUCAAACAGAACCAGCGUCGUCUGGCCGACCAGCUAACGAGCGUUCUGAUUGGCUCUCCCGGCCCCCCGACCCGCUGCCUGCUGGCCCACUGCCUGGCCCUGCUGUACCGCCUGGGAGACCCCGUACCUGCCAGCCUAUUGGUGGAGAGGUGCAAUGACAUCAUCCGAAGCAAAGAUGACUCGCCUUCAGGCCUCCCGACCCGACUGGCGGCCGUGGCUUGUCUCGGCGCUCUGUUCGAGCAGCUCGGUCGGAUGCUCGUCGGCCUGUUCAAAGAAACUCUGACCAACCUGCUGAAGGCCAUGAAGAACGCAGAGUCUCAGGGCCGCUAUGAGAUCAUGUGUAGCGUGGAGAAGAUGCUGCAGGGUUUGGGGGUGAGUGCCGUGCCGGGUCACCGUGACGUCUACAAGGCAGCCAGGGCUUGUCUGACCGACCGCUCCAUGUCUGUCCGCUGCGCCGCCGCCAAGUGUCUGCUGGAGCUGCAGAGGGAGGCAUCGUUCCUGUGGAGCAGCGAGCUGGAGAACGUGGCCACGCUUUGCUUCAGAGCCUUCGAAGGAUCCAACUACAACGUCAGAGUGUCGGUGGCCACGCUGCUGGGAACGCUGCUGGCCGCCGCCGUGGAGCCUCGACAGCCUGCCGCAGCCCCCCGGGCGAGCGGGCGAGGCCGCAGCUCUCUGGAGGAGGUGAUGGAUUUGUUGUCGGGGGGCUUCCUGCGGGGAGGAGCCGGCUUCCUGAGAGCCAGCGGAGACAUGCUGAAGGGGAUGAGCUCCGUCGGCAAGGACGUCCGAAUAGGAGUCACUCAGGCCUGUGUGGUCUUCGUCUCCUCUCUCGGUGCCUCCUGGUUGGAGGUGAACUUCUCCUCCUUCCUGUCUCUCCUGAUGGAGUUGGCGUCUCAUAGCAGAGCGACUCAGACUCCUGCUGACGCCGUGGUGACCCGCCGCUGCGUCUCCUUCAUCCUGAGGAGCACGCUCGGCUCGCUGCUGGGCGAGAAGGCUCAGACCAACGCCGCCAAGCAGCUGUGUGUUGCCGUGGCGAUGCAGAAACGAGCCAUCGAUGCCGCUCUGACUGAUGGGAACAUGGAGACCAGAGUUUCUUCCUCAGACGUUUCAGCCAGUCAGCACGUGUUGAUCUGCUGCCUGCUGGAGCUCGGACGCCUCAUCCAGGGACUCGGAUCCACCGCCGCCCCCCUCCUGACGGACAGCAGCACGGCCCUCCUGGACACGGUCAUCUCCGUCCUCCUCCACCCCGUCGCCUCGGCACGGCUCGCCGCCGCCUGGUGUCUGCGCUGCGUUGCCAUGGCGAUGCCGUCCCAGUGCUCGCCGCUGCUGGACCGAUGCGCCGAGCGGCUGGUGGCGCUCAAGUCUUCCCCUGAAGCCGUGGCCGGGUACGGAGCCGCCGUCGCCGCCCUGGUGGCCGCGGUGCAGCACUGUCCGUUGGGAAUACCUCACACCAAGGGAAAGGUGGUGUUGAGUCUGGCUGAAGAUCUGCUGCGUUCAGCCUCUCAGAACAGUCGUAUCUCUCUGCAGAGGACUCAGGCCGGCUGGCUGCUCGUCUCCUCUCUCAUCACUCUGGGUCCGGCUGUCGUGGAGCACCAUCUCUCCCGUCUCCUCCUCCUGUGGCGCUGUGUGUUUCCCGCCUCUCUCAGGGAGCAGGAGAUGGAGCUGCGACGAGGGGACUACUUCACGUGGCAGGUUACGCUGGAGGGGCGAGCUGGGGCGCUCUGUGCGAUGAAGAACCUGCUGCUGCACUGCAGAGAGCUCGUCACCGAUGACGUCAUCAGCCGGCUGCUCACGCCGUUAGCCUGCGCUGUGGCCCUGCUCACCAAGUUGCCGGCUCUCGUCAGGUCUUACAGCAGUUCAGUGCGUUUGUGGUCGGUUGUCUACAGACUGAGAGUCUACGAGCUGCUGGCUCAGCUUCCUCCUCAAACCUACCAAGAGAGUUUUGGUUUGGUGAUGAAUCAGCUGGUGUCUGAUCUGUCGGGUCAGGACAACCUGAACCAGGCGUGCUCAGAGCUGACCCUGCUGCCCGCCUUCUGUCACCAUGACGACCUGCAGCUGGUCGGCCCCGCCCUCCACGACACCGACCAGCGAUACAUCGAGGAACAGCUCCACGGCAGCAGUGUGGGAGGAGGCUCUCUGGACAACGACCCCUUCAGUCUGUGUGAGAGGACCGAGGAAGCUCCCACUCCUCUUCCUCCUCCCGUCGCUCUGACCGCCGCCGCCGUCCAACUCUUCGGAGCGCUCUUCCCCCACAUCAUCUCCGCUCAGAGAGUGAGAAUACUGGAGCAGUUCGUAGAGACGGUGAACCAGCUGAAGGGUCAACGGCAGCAAACCGUCCAGACUCACAUCUGCGCUGCCCUCUGCAGUCUGCUGAAGCAGCAGGGGAGCGUUCGGGGGUCUCUGGGGCCGGAUGAGAUGCGCCCCCCCGUGUUGUCCCUCCUGUCGGGGGCGCUAGAGAGCGUCAGUCCUCUGCUGCGCUGCCUGGCUGCUGAAGGUCUGGCUCGCCUGGUGCAGCUGGUGGGAGACGCCGGCUUCACCGUGUCCGUUUCCCUGCUCUGCUUCGACAGGCUGAAGACAGCGAGGGACGCAGCCUCUCGUAGCGGUUACACUCUGGCUCUCGGAGCGCUGCAUCGCUACACUGGAGGCAUCAGCUCACCUCAGCACCUCUCCACCUGUCUGGGAGUCCUGUUCACUCUGAGCCAGGACAGCACCUCACCUGAGGUCCAGACCUGGGCUCUCCACAGUCUCUCUCUAGUAGUGGAUCUCUCCGGUGGUCUGUAUCGUUGUCACGCUGAGCCGUCCUUCACUCUGGUGCUGCGUCUGCUGCUGUGUGCGUCUCCGACUCACCCUGAGGUGCAUCACAGCCUGGGCCGCUGCCUGCACGCUCUCAUCACCUGCCUGGGCCCCGACCUGCAGGGUGACGGAGCGGCGCUGUCGGCUCUGCGCUCCAGCUGUCUGGUGGGUUGUGAGGUGAUGCAGGACGGUCCAGACUGUCUGGUUCAGGCCAGAGCUAUUUCCUGUCUGCAGCAGCUGCACAUGUUCUCACCUCCACACGUCAACCUGGCCGGCCUCGUACCUGCGCUCUGUGCCAACCUGUGCAGCUCCUACUUGUGUCUGCGGCGUGCGGUGGUUGCGUGUCUGCGUCAGCUGGUCCAGCGUGAAGCGUUAGAAGUGUCUGAACACGCUGUGACUCUGGUCAAAGAGCUGCCGAGACGAGACAACACACAGCUGGCGUUCACGGCUCUGCGUUGGUCCACGCGUCGCUUCGCCAUGGAGUGUGUGUGUCGCAUCAUCGCUCAGUGUGAGACCGCCGACCCUGCACACUUCGACAUGGUGCUGGCUCAGGAGAGACGCCUGCACGAGUCCACCGACUUCCUGGUCCUCCAUCUUGGCGAGCUGGUGCGUAUGGCGUUCAUGGCGGCGACGGAUCACAGCGAGCAGCUGAGGCUGGCCGGUCUGCAGACGCUGCUGCUCAUCAUCAGACGCUUCUCUGACAUCCCAGAACCAGAGUUCCCAGGUCACCUGAUCCUGGAGCAGUACCAGGCCAACGUUGGAGCUGCUCUCAGACCGGCCUUCACUGCUGACGCUCCUCCUGAUGUCACAGCCAAAGCCUGCCAGGUGUGCAGCGCCUGGAUCGCCAGCGGUGUGGUCAGUGACCUCCGUGACCUGCGGCGCGUGCACCAGCUCCUGGCCUCCUCAUUGGCCAAAGUCCAGGCAGGGAGGGAAACGUCCAGCCACCUGUACAACGAGGCCACCGCUACCAUGGAAACGCUCGCCGUCCUCAAGGCCUGGGCCGAGGUUUACAUCGUGGCCGUUCAGAGGAGCAGGCUGACGGAGAGCACCGAUAGGACCGCUGACCUGUCCGUCUCCUCUCUGGCCAAUGACAGCUCGGGGUCUGAGUCUGGAGAGGCGGGCCUCCUGAAGCUGGUCCAAUCAGAUCUGUCUACGCUGAGCCGUCUCUGGUUGGCGGCGCUGCAGGACUACGCUCUGCUGACCCUUCCUCAGGAGUACGCAUCACAGCUACCUGACACAGGAGGUUCCUUCUACACAGCAGAGACAGUGAACCAGGCCAGAGCUCACUACUCCUCCUCCUGGGCUCUGAUCCUCCACGCCACCUCCCUCUGGCUCCACAGCUCAGGUUUUGUGAUGUCAGACGACGCUCCCUCCAACCUAUCACGGCCCGCUACGCCGACCACCAUGGGUCACACGGGCUCAGGGGGCGGAGCCAAGAGUCCCGAAGACGUCAACACCGACAGACUGCAUCUCAUCCUGGGGAUCAGUGUGGAGUUCCUGUGUUCUCCUCACUCUGAGGACCAGAUGGAGAACAUCACUUCCUGUCUGCGGGCGCUGCAGGUGCUGCUGGACGUCUCGUGGCCGCGAGCGAAGAUUGGAAACGACCAGGCUCUUAGUGUGGAGCUCCUCAGCGUUCUCCACAGGUUGAUGGUAACCAGAGAGUCGGCGUCCGUUCAGCUCGCUGUUCUGGAUUUACUGCGACAGAUCGUAUCAGCGGCUCAGGAGCACGUUAGAGAGAAACGCCACAGUGCUGAGGUGGACGACGGAGCGGCGGAGAAGGAGACGCAGCCGGAGUUCGGAGAGGGACGAGACACCGGCGGUUUGAUUCCUGGACGCUCGCUGGUGUUUGGAGCUCUGGAGCUCUGCCUCUGUGUGCUGGUCCGAAAACUACCACAGCUCAGCCCCAAACUGGCCGGGACCAGUCCCACAGGUCCUGGAGGUUCGGUGUGGACUCUGACUGACAGCGACUGCCAGCUGGUGGCGUCGGCUCUGUGUGUCCUCUCUGAGCUUCCGUCCGUCUGCUCUCCUGAAGGCAGCGUGUCCAUCCUGCCGACUGUCCUCUAUCUGCUGCUGGGAGUCUACAGAGAGAUGAUCCACCAGCCCAGCACACACACUGGUGUGUGUGUGGUGGUGCAGGCGGCUCUUCAGGCUCUUAAAGUCUUACUAACGUCUCCGAUGAGCCGACAGGAGAAGAGCUGCGGAGCCUGGACGCUGCUGCUGCGCUCUGCUCUGAACACACUGCUGGGUCUGUGGGACGCAGGGCCCGGUGCUGCAGUGGAUCAGAUCAGUCUCCUCUCGGCUCUGACAGUCUUCCUGCUCUCUGCUGGUUCUGACGUUUGCACCGUUGAGCCUCUGCACGCGCUCAGUCUGCAGCGCUUCACCGCCAGCAUGGACGCCAAAGACCCGCUGGUGGUGAGUCGGUGUUUCCAGCUGCUGACGUCAGUGUUUCAGGCUCAGCCAGCUGUGGCCGUCCCCUACAUCCAGGCUCUGGGACCACCGCUGGUUCGAUUCCUCCAGAAGGUGGAGAGGAGUCGUCCUCAGACUGAGGAGGAGCUGCAGGGAGUCCUGGAGGGAGUCCGAGCCAUGGAGGCGCUGGUCCAGGCUGCUGAGGAGGCGCAGCGUCCUCAGCUGAUGUCCGUCAUGUUGCCGCUCCUCAUCUCCUUCCUCCUGGAUGAGAACGCUUUGGGCUCGUCUCCUCCUGCCUCCCGCUCCCUCCAUGAGGAGGCGCUGAAGGAGCUGAUGCGUCUCGGCCCGCAGCACUCAGCCGUGUUCAGGUCUCUGGUCUCAGCGUCUCCUCAGCUGAAGUCUCGUCUGGAAGCGGCUGUUAAAGGAAACCAGGAGAGUCUGAAUGCUAAAGCUAGCAGCGCUAACUCCGCCUCCCGCAGCGGCGCCAAGUCCUCGCCAAGCAUCACGCUCAAAACCAACUUCCUGUGAGGUCUCCGACUUCCUGUGAGGUCACCGACUUCCUGUGAGGUCACCAACAUGGCGGAGAGAGGGACGGAGGUUAAUCCCACAUAGCGUGCUGCAUUCACUGUCCCCUGGGACAAAACACUACAUGUACUGAGUCUGAUGACAGGAAGCAGACACGCUGCCAUGUUGGAGGAGUGACAUCACACCGUCAUGAUUACAUCACCAUGAUGUCAUCCUGAGCCUUCCAACAUGGCGGCGUUUCUCUGUGUGAGCGCUAAUAUAAACUCUACAGACAGAUUACAUCAUUACAUCACUACAUCAUUACAUCACUACAUCAUUACAUCAUCACUAUAUUACAUCAUUACAUCAUCACUAUAUUACAU